AUGACGCUUGUGAUCGGACCUCGUCCGAUCACUCGUCUACUCGUUGCAAACAGAGGCGAGAUUGCUACUCGGAUCAUCUCUGCUGCUCGUGAACUCGACAUUGAGACAUUUGCUGUCUACACCGAAAACGACGUCAGCCACACAUACAACGCAGGUCGAGCAGUUCGCCUUGAGUCACCCGCAUCCUACAUGAAGAUUGAUGAGAUCUUAAGAGUUGCUCAGAAGCAUAAUAUCGAUGCGAUCCAUCCUGGCUAUGGCUUUCUGUCCGAGUCCGAUGACUUUGCUCUACGAGCUGCGCAAAUAGGUGUCAUGGUCGUUGGUCCUGGAGCGUUGAAUUUGAAACGUACUGGCGACAAGCUACAAGCACGCCAACUUGCUCAAGAAUGUGCAGUUCCUGUCCUACCUGCAUUUACGACGCCAACUGGCAGCGUGGAUGGAGUUGCAAGGUUUGCGAAAACGAAUGGACUGCCGAUCAUGGUCAAAGCUGUCGACGGCGGUGGUGGACGGGGUAUUCGUCUGAUUCGCACAAUCGAAGAUAUUCCGAGUCUGACGACACGUGCAAUUGAGGAGAGUCCUUCCAAGCAAGUGUUUGCGGAGAAAGCUGCGGUCGAUGGCUUUCGUCACGUCGAAAUCCAGAUUCUUGGCAACGGACAAGGUCAAGCGAUGCAUUUAUGGGAGCGCGAAUGCAGCAUACAGCGGCGCUAUCAAAAGAUCGUUGAACUAGCUCCCAGCACGAUACAAGGUCGGGCGAUCGUUGCACCCUUGAUCGAAGCUGCAUUGAGGAUCGCCACAAAGAUUCGUUACGCAUCUCUCGGCACGUUCGAGUUCUUGCUCAAUCCUCAGACGAAAGAGUUCUACUUCCUAGAGAUCAAUCCACGGCUGCAAGUUGAGCAUACUAUCUCCGAAUCAAUAUGCUCCACCGACAUAGUGAAGGCCCAAUUAAGAUUGGCUCAAGGUGCAUCGUUUGAGGAAGCUGGUCUCAUUGGAAUUUCGCAAGACCCUCUCUCCCCACCGCAACAGCAUGCUAUCCAGCUGCGGCUUACGGCAGAAGAUCCUCACAAAGGCUACUCCUUGAGCAUUGGAAAGAUCCAAUCUUUUCGAUUUCCCACAGGUGCUGGUGUUCGGGUUGAUACGGCCCUCAUAGCUGGUGCGCCCGCGGUCGUCACAUCUGAUUUCGAUAGUGUCAUUGCGAAAAUCAUUGUCACCGCGCGGACAUGGUCAGAUGUCGUCAAGAAAGCUAGACGAGCCAUUGAUGACACCACCGUCACUGGAAUUACCACCAACUUGGCAUUGCUGAGUGCAAUUGUAUCUCACCACGACUUCGAAACCGGAAAUUGUGACACGCGAUGGCUGGAGAGUAACCACGAAUCGCUGCUUGAGCAGAGUGGAGGUCUCGCCCGCGAUCAAGACCCGUUCCAUGGCCUUGUCAAUCAGCAGGCACUGUCCGGCACAGGUUUUACUGGUGCGACGACAGCCAGCAGCACUUUAUUCCGCAAAGAUGAUGCUUGGACUGUCAGCCUCAAGCCGCAGGGCAGCAAGGAUGCAAAAGUUCAUCACCUUCAACUUACCAAGGUGCUGCGAAACGACUUUCCUGACAGCUUCGCAGCAGAUAUGCUGUACACCUCGCCUGGCGAACAGUCUGUGGUGUAUACAAUGGACCUCAAAAGCACGUCUGCGUCCGGAUCGGCGAUCAGUGCACAGCAUCGACAGGGCUCGCGAUCGAAUCCGAACCACGUCAUUGUACCGCUUUCUGGGAAAUUGGUUGAGGUCCUGGUUGACGUCGGCGACAUCAUUGUGAAGGAUCAAGCCGUCUGUGUUAUCAAGCAGAUGAAGAUGGAAGUAGAAAUCCGGUCGCACAAGGCGGGUAGGGUGACAUGGGUCACUGAAGCAGAGGACGACGAAGAUGUGGCAGAGGGCAUACUCGCCGCCAUCGUAGAGGACGAGCUAACGCAAGCUAAACUCUGA